AUGUAUUUUGAUGGAGCCGCCGACAUGCAUGGAAAUGGUGUAGGAGCGUGUUUGAAAGUGUUUGGUGAUUCAGCUCUCAUUAUUCAUCAAGUAAUAGGAGAAUGGAGGACAAAGGAUGCAAAAUUGAUUCCCUAUCAAGAACUCUUAACAAAUUUGAUUAAGCAAUUUGAGGUUGUUAGCUUUCAUCACUUAACUCGAGAUAAAAAUCAUUUCGUUGAUGCUUUAGCCACUUUAGCAGCAAUGAUCCAACUUGAUUGUGGAGUCCAUGUCCAACCUAUUCAAGUAGAAGCUAGAAGCUUUCCAGCAUACUGUCUAAAUGUUGAAGAAGAUCAAGAAGAAUAUCCUUGGUUCCAGGAUAUUAAGGACUAUAUCACUAAGAGAUCAUACCCAACUAGAAUGACUGAGAAUGAAAAGAAAACCCUUUGUCGUUUGGCUAUGACAUUCUUUAUCAGUAAAGAUGUUCUAUAG